AUAUCAUGCCAUGCAUUAUUUUCUUAGAUCAAAAUCACUUUUUUAGUUUUUUUUUUUUUAAAUACAUUAAAAAAAAAAGAAAAAAGAAAAAGGGAAGGGUACUACAUUAAAAUGGUGCGAACUUUGCUCCCCUCCAUCAUCCCAUAAUUAGAACAACAAACUUCUUAGUUUCCAACGUUCUCUUUCUCUCUCUUAUGAGUUGUUUCUUUGAUUGUUCUCUUUUUUUCUAUUCUUUUUCUUUUUCAUUUUUCUCUCUUUUCCAUAUUGACUACUCCUCCUUUGGUCUUAUCAUCAUGGAAUCCAUGUCUUCUCUUUCUAAUGUAUAAAUACAAAGAUUAGAUAAGAGAAGAGAAUAACAAGAGAGGAACACGGUCUGAAUGCUUUUGAUUCCCACGUUGUUGUUGAAUUCUCAACAAGGACCAAAGGAAAAGGGUUGAAAAGGAGGCGGCUGCCGCGGCAAGAUGCUGCAGAGAGCGGCAAGCAACGCUUAUUCAUGGUGGUGGGCUAGCCACAUCAGAACAAAGCAAACAAAAUGGGUGGAGCAAAACCUCCAAGAUGUGGAGGAAAAGGUGACACAUGUUCUGAAGAUCUUAGAUGAAGAGGGAGACUCCUUUGCAAAGAGAGCAGAAAUGUACUACAAGAGGCGACCGGAGCUCAUAAGCUUUGUGGAGGAAACAUAUAAAGCUUACCGAGCUUUAGCCGAACGAUAUGAUCACAUAUCAAUAGAGUUGCAGAAAGCCAACAACCAACUUGCAGUUGCCUGUCCGGAUAGAGUCCCGUACAUGGAUGACGAUGAAGAUGACGGAUCACCACGGCCACCAAAAAAAAUGCCAGAAGGGUCAAAACAAAAUAUUCCAAAGCCUCCCCCUAAAGAUUUAAAAUCUAUUGUAACAACAGCAGCAGCCACAAAGAAACUUCACUCCAGGAAGCCAGCCAGCAAAGAUACUAAUAAUACGGCUGCUCCUAAAUCCGGAUUGAGUCGAAAGGAGGCAAUUGAAGAGGUCGACAAACUCCAGAAACAGAUUCUGGCGCUACAAACUGUGAAAGAGUUUGUGAAGAGCUCUUACGAUCAUUCCAUUGCAAGGUACUGGGAAACUGAGGCGCAGAUCAAUGAGUUGCAAGAGAGGGUUUCUAUGUUGCAGGAUGAGCUUGGAGAAGGUGUAGUUAUUGAAGAUAGUGAAGCCCGCCGUUUGAUGGCAGAAGCCGCUCUUAAAUCAUGCCAAGAGGCAUUGACACAGUUGGAAGCGAAACAGGAAGAAUCACAUGAUGAAACAAGAAUGACAUCAAACAGGAUAAAUGACAUCAAGGCCAAGUUGAGCUCUCUCAUGGAGGAGUUCCAUUAUACGCAGAGCGAUUCCAAGGAACCAAGGGCCAAAAGAGAGAUGAAAAAAGCAUCAGAAACAAAGGACUUGGAAGAAGAAGAAGAGGCCAUUUUGAAACAGAAGAGAGAAGAGUUGCAGUCAUUAAAGAAUAACAUCAAAGAGCAAUUUCACUCAGACUCAAAUUCAUCUCUCAGCGUGGCAGAAAUGGCAGAGAAGAUUGAUGAGCUUGUGAAUAAAGUGAUCAGCUUGGAAACUGCAGUUUCAUCCCAAACUGCUCUAGUGACGAGGUUGAGAUCCGAGACCGAUGAGCUCCAAGAGCAUAUUCGAACUCUGGAAGGUGAUAAGGAAAGUCUGAUCAAUGACAAAAAUAGAUUGAAUGACCAACUGAGAGAAAUGGAAGAAAAGAUGCAUCAAGUACAGGAUUUAAACAAAAUUGUUGAAGAUGAGAAUAGCAGUAUACAAACCCAGUUCACUGAAGCACGGUCCAAUCUUGAACAUAUCUCAGAGAAAGUACAAAAUGAGAUGCAUUUUGAAGAGGUUAAGGCCACGGAUUCACCACAGCUAGAAAAUAAUGCAUCUGGCAAACCUGAGUCAAAGUAUGAUGUAAAUUCAGACUUGGAUCUCAAGCUUGGCACUGUAGAAGGUGACUCAACAUCAGACAAGAAGCUUGAGGUUGUUGAUUCGACGGAAAACGUUGUUCGUGCGGAUAAUAAACUUGAGGCUACUGGUUCAACGGAAAACGAUGUUGUGUCAGGAAAUGAGGUUAAGUUCACCAGUUCUGUAGAAACUGAAUAUGUAAUCCCAACUGAAAAUAAAUUUCCUGAAGAGUUCAAAGAGCAGGAGAGGAUACUGAUUCCUGUCAUAAAUGGUGAUGAGAGAGUAACAGUUCAGAGUACUAACAAUGAAAAUCAGAUCAGCCAACAAGCAAGUAACAAGGCCGAUAGUUCUUUACCAAAUCUUGGUACACAAGACACUGAUCCUAAGGAAGUUUCAUCGGAGACGGAGUAUGCUUCCAAAGCUGAGGCCUCGGACAAGGCAAUGACAAAAGAUGAUGAACCCGAUUGGCAGGGAAUGUUUCUGAGUGGAUUACAAGACAGAGAAAAAAUUCUGCUGACUGAAUAUACUAAUACUCUCCGUAAUUACAAAGAUUUGAAGAAGAGACUUGCAGACAUAGAGAUGAAAGUUCAUGAGGAUGACUUGGAUCAGCUGAAAAAACUGCAGGCUGCUAAUGCCUUGAAGGAUGAAGAGAUUAGACUCCUACGUCAAAAACUAAGUCUCUUGGACAGAAGUUUAGAAGGAACCGAGGAUUUGACAGGAUCAACAGUAUUGGAACGCAGCAUUGAGGAGCUUCUAGAAACUCGUCUUCAAUAUACAUCAGCCAUUGAAGAGAAGUUCCGGGCAAGAAUUGAUGAACUUCUGGAUGAGAAUUUAAAAUGCUGGCGGGAAUUUGGUGCUUCGUUUGAGGAUGUACAGAGGUUUGAGACCACUAUCAAAGAUUUGAUGACUGAGGUAUCAAAAAUUGAGGCUAAAGGAAAAGCUUUAGAGGGUACUAGUAGCACAAAAUAUUCUUUAAAAUCAGAUGCACGGCCAAUUUACCAGCACCUUACAGAGACCCAAACACUAUUAACAGCAUGGUUGGAAAGAAGUGUCUUGCAAAAUGAAGAAUUGGAGAGAAGGUUUUCAUGUUUGUGUAACAUCCAAGAAGAUAUAACAUCAGCAUUGAACACCAGUGCUGAAGAUGAUGAUUUCAGGUUCACAAGCUAUCAAGCUGCCAAGUUCCAAGGUGAGGUGUUGACCUUGAAACAGGAGCACACCAAGUUUUCUGCUGUACUUCGCACACAUAUAGAUGUUGUGACAUCCCUCCACCGUGAAGUUGAGAAGGCUCUUGUGAGGUUGAAUGACCAAUUUGGCCUCUCUGCUUCAAGGAGAGGGACAAGAUCAGAGACUAGGAACAAGGUUCCUCUCAGUGAUGGGAAGCUUUGGAGCAACGGUUAA